AUGAGGAUUCGGAUUAUGAUAUGGUUUAACUGCAAGGAUGUAGCCAGAUGGUUUGUAAAAGCAUCUUCAAGUAGUGGUUUUCCCAGACAUUUAGGGUUAGGUUGUGUACAUACUUGGUCUGUCUUCAAGUCAAAGUGUCUUCCGUAUACGUUGAAGCUGAAUGGUUGUGCCACCUUGAUUUUGUUUGCGCAAUAUGUUCCUCUCAUGAUGGUUAUUUGUGCGUUUGAAAUUGUUAUGUGCCUUGACCUUGAGGCUGAGAUUCGUGCAUUACAUCUUGAUUCAACAGCUAAAGAGAAGGCAGCCCAAGAGAAGGCUGCGAAAGAGGAAGCAGAAGAAGAGGCAGAAGCAAACAAGAAGCGACAUUUGAAUGUGGUCUUUAUUGGCCAUGUUGAUGCAGGAAAAUCUACAAUUGGAGGAAGAAUUCUCUUCCUCAGCGGUCAGGUGGACGACCGACAAAUCCAGAAGUAUGAGAAGGAAGCAAAAGACAACAACAGAGAAAGCUGGUAUAUGGCAUAUAUAAUGGAUACAAAUGAAGAAGAGAAAGCCAAAGGUAAAACGGUUGAAGUUGGAAGGGCUCAUUUUGAAACUGAGAGCACAAGGUUUACCCUUUUAGAUGCUCCGGGUCACAAAAGUUAUGUACCCAAUAUGAUUAGUGGAGCAUCUCAGGCAGACAUUGGUGUGCUGGUGAUUUCGGCCCGUAAAGGUGAAUUUGAAACAGGAUAUGAGAAGGGUGGUCAGACACGUGAACAUGUCCAACUCGCAAAAACAUUGGGCGUGUCAAAGCUUGUUGUUGUGGUGAACAAAAUGGAUGAUCCAACUGUGAACUGGUCGAAAGAGAGGUACGAUGAAAUAGAAAAAAAAUUGGUACCAUUUCUUAAAUCCUCUAGCUACAACCCAAAGAAAGAUGUUAUCUUCUUGCCUAUAUCUGGUCUAAAGGGGGUUAAUAUGGAUAAGAGGAUGGACAGAAACGUUUGUCCAUGGUACAGUGGCCCUAGCUUUUUCGAAGUCCUUGAUUCUAUUGAAGUUCCUCCACGGGAUCCUAGUGGUCCAUUCAGGAUGCCUAUUAUAGAUAAAUUUAAAGACAUGGGAACUGUUGUUAUGGGAAAAGUAGAAUCUGGCAGCAUUAAGGAGGGUGAUUCCUUGAUUAUUAUGCCAAACAAGGAGCACGUGAAAGUUGUUGCUAUAUAUUGCGACGAAGAUAAAGUUAAGCGUGCUGGACCGGGUGAGAAUUUGAGAGUCCGUAUAACUGGCAUUGAAGACGAGGAUAUCCUUUCAGGUUUUGUUUUAUCCAGCACAGUAAAGCCUGUACCUGCUGUUACUGAGUUUGUUGCACACCUACAUUUCCUUGAACUGCUUGACAAGAAGGCUACUAUCUACUCAGCUGGUUACAAGGCUAUUCUACACAUUCAUGCAGUUGUUGAGGAAUGUGAAAUCAUGGAAUUGAUAAGCCCAAUUGAUAUGAAGACGAUGGAGCCCACGAAUGAAAAAGUUCCUUUUGUGAAGGAUGGUGCUGCUGUGGUCUGCCGUAUACAGGUUUCAAAUUCAAUCUGUGUUGAAAAUUACUCAGAUUUCCCUCAACUUGGAAGAUUCACUUUACGAACUGAAGGGAAAACUGUAGCUGUUGGAAAAGUGACUGAUCUCUCAGGUGCUUCCUCAAGCGCUUAA